CCGAAUAUAAAGAUAUGUGGAUAUCCAAAACCCAGCAAAAUAGAUUGGUCGCUAUCAUCAGAAUUCCAUCUCGUUCAGUGUCAUGAUUUAUUUCGUUUACCUGUAUGGAUUACCAAAAGGGAUAAUAUUUUGAUUGGCAUGCAGAUUAUGCAUGUGAACAAAUAGCAUGUACUUGUGUUAUGUGGACAUACUGGCCACUUCACUUUCACCAUGGCAGGUACCCUUUAUCAGCUUAUUGUUGCCAUACUGAUUCUUGAGUACAGAGUUAAUGCCAACUUGUUUGAUUUGAACACUGAUGGGGGCAUUGCAUUUAAUGAGAACGACCUUUCCAAUUCUCCUAUUUCUGGUCUUUCGGAAUAUUCUGCCAAUGACAUGUUUUCGAAAUCUGCUCUGUCCAAACUGUUGGAAGCAGUCGAUGAGCUAAAAGGACGUCUGCAGGAACUGGAAACCGAGAAAGCUGAUCUCCUGGUAGCCUGUAACGAGGUAACCACACAGGCUGCACAGACAGCACAGGCUGCAAGCCAAUCGGCGGGGACAGCAGCGGCGAUAGAUACGUCAAAUUUAUCGGUCAUCGGCGAGCUAGGAGGCGCGCAGUCCAAAAUCAGCCAAUUGAAAACGGCUGUGGAGACUCUUGUUAAAAAGGAAUCCAGUGGAGUAUCCACAAUCAAUACUGCAUCAGAAAUUAAAACUGACGUGAGCGAAGCAACCGAGAUUGUGAAUGAGUAUACACAACGCAUUUCCUAUCUCAAGAAACAAACCGGUAGCUUAAAAUCAAUGAACGGUCAACAAACUGACGUUGAAACAAGUACAGCCAAUGGUUGUCCAAACGGCUUUACAGAAAUUGUAGGUCAUUGCUAUGGACAACCUUCUAUUACAGCAUCUCAACCAAAGGCUUAUGUAAGCAUGCUUGUGAAGUAUAUUAUUGUGUACUAA